AUGUCAACAAAAGAACAAUUACCAGUUGUACAAGCAAGUGAAUUGGCAGCUGGCAAGAGAAAGAGUGUCAUCUCUAGAAGAUUCAGAGUGGUGACAGACGAAGAUCGUCUCAAACUCAAACAAAAGACGAUAGAACUACACAUUGAACGUUUGGAAAAUGACAAUGAAUUGGAAAUAGACGAAGAAAAUGAUGAAGAGUAUAAAGUCGACGAUCAAGAAGACAUGGUAUACUCUACACCAAAAAACAAAAGAAAAUUGAAUAGAGAAAGAGAGAAAAAGAAAUCACAAGUUAAAAAUCUAUCAUUUCCAAUUGUAUUGGAAAGAUCUUAUUUAGAAACAUAUCCACCAAAUGUACCAACAUAUAAUACAAUUGCUUCAACACCAUCUAUAUACCCUCCAAGGCAUUUUUGUUCGAUUUGUGGUUACAUUGGAGAUUAUUCAUGUAAACAAUGUUAUAGUAGAUAUUGUAGUAAAAAAUGUUUUGCUGUACAUAAUGAUAAUAGAUGUAAAACUUCUCUUUACUAA